AUCCAACUGAUGACGUUUGCGGUAGUUGUAUCCAAGAUAAUUUCCUGUAUCUAUUUACAAAUCUCUGACCCUCUGGUCAGCCUGGUUUUUGGCUUUAACAUCCUGUUUCCAGUAGUGGGUGUUUAGGCAGCCCGAACCAAAACGGAACAAGGGGGAGUCGCAGGAUUAUACCAACCUACAUGACAAAUUCGGAGCAUGGAGAGCCCGUAUGGAUGAUGUCUUUGAUGCAGAAGAUGAGCAGGAAAAGAAAGAAGCAGAAGAUGCAGGGACCUCCACGUGUGGAUCUGACAGACCUACAGCUGUCUGCCCAAUCAUAGUACAGCCGGAGAUCGACAUUGAGAUUGCAGUUCACCCAUCUGGUCCCUCUGUCCCACCCAACCAGGAGCUUCCAUCUGUCGAUGGCACACUGUCCGCUCACUCUGUAUCCCCAGGUGAACAAUUCCCCUGUACGUCUUCCGAAACCACGCUUCAAACUAAUUCAUCCUUUGUACUCUAUGCCAGCGAAUCAGUACGGCCAAAUAAGUCACAGCCUUUACACGGACUCAAGUGCGAAUUAGGCGAAGAAACGUCAGAGCAGCAAAGUGUUCCCUCUGCUCAGCUGCCCUCUCCACAACAAGAGUCAGGGCCAAGAUCAGACAGCUCCCAGGAAGGCAAAGAGGAAAUCCCCCAUCAGAGGCCUCAUGUUUGCAACCUCCAACUGCAGAGAUGAGGCUGACAACAGGAGAGGACAGGUGGAACAACAGCCCAGAAAGUCGUGCUGGCCUUGAGCUCUGUGCUGAAUGUGUCUCUCCUUUUGAGCGAGAGGUUGCAGUGGGAUUGAGUGAACUUGUUGCAGGAACAUCAGACGGUUCCAGCUGGUCCACCUCGCAUCAUGAAGUCUGUACACCUGCACUUUACUCUGCUGUGGCAGAGACUCGGGCAUGUCUGGGAGCAGAAGGUGGAGCUCCACCACCACCUGAACUCAGAGAGAACCCCUCAGUGAGUGCAGGUGUCACUGAGGUGAGCCAAAACUCAGCUCUUCAGUCAGUCUCUGCCUGGGAAGAGAAGGAAGAUACAACCGAGAUUUCCCCUGACACAUUAUUAGAGGAUCCACCAAACACGCUGUCAGAGGUCUUCAAGCAGCAGACUGAGUUUGACGUUAACACAAUUCUGAUGCCAUCCAUCGUCUUUUUAAGUGGAGUUGUCUCUCUUUUGAUAGUGUUGCAGGAACCCAGCGCCCUCCUCGUCUUUGGACUAUUUUUGGUCUUGUACCGUUUGUGAAAAUACCACAGUUCACUCACUCAGAGAUCUCCUCUCCAGUUAAGUGCCUUUUCAUGAUGCCAAAAUAAGCGAAAAAUUAAAAAAAGAAUCGCAAGUUUACUGUUAAAGUCGUGUGUCAGUGUGUGCGUUGUCAUCCAAUAAACAAUGAUGGGUACAGUUAAGAGUCGAUGCGAAGUCCAAAGCACUGACAAAGACAUUAAAUAUUUUCACUGAUUCUGUCUCAGAUGUGUAAAAAGAAACAAAAUAGAAGUGAAUAAUUUCACCAUUUCCACCACAGCAUUAUGAAUAAGAACUGGGAUGUCUUGUAAGUGGUUUGUUAUGACUUUUUUUUUUUGUCGUGUGGAGAUGUGUGUAAUAUUGUGGUGUAUCUCAUCACUUGCUUUUGUUUUAAUUUUUGUUGGUUUUGUAUCGUUGUUUUUUCCUUGUAGGUGAGGUCGCUGUCUAUGACCACACUGCCGUGAUUUUGACGGUUGUGAAUUCCAUGUGUUUUUAUGUCUUUAAUCAUGGACAAAAAAAACAUUGCCAUAAAGAGACGUAUUACACAAAAGAAGUGUUGUUUACAAAAUGCAAAAAAGGAAAAGAAGUAUUUUGCCUUAAUGCCUAAAAGGAAGAAAACUGGACGAGGUAUAGGCCUACUAAACAUCAGUAUGAAACAGCUGCUGCCUGAGGGUGGACAAAAGUGGAACGUGUGACAUUUUAAAGAGAUCAUUAAACAACACCAGCAUUCUCACUUUUGCACAUAAUAUAUCACAUACAAAUCACCAUAUUGACACAGAAGCCAUUUUCCCGUGACAUAAGCUCAGAAUAGGAAGGAGGAGGGAUAAUACUGCUGUUUAAGUAAUUUACAAUUUAAAAGGUCUGACAAUCAUAAUUUAUUGACUUAAUGAAAAGACGAAACCCACGAAAAUUCAGAGAAAACUAGACCACAUCAAGCUAUCAGACGCCAGCUAAUGUUAGCAGUCAGACUGUUUCUAUCUAAUAUUACAGAUAAAUAGUUGAGCGCUCAGUGCUCACAUAGUUUGUGAAAGUAUAGUCCAAUAUAAUGGAAGGGUGUAAACACACAGGAACAUGUUUGAUGACCUAUUGUCUACAGUUUGACAAUAUAGCCAGUGUUAGCAUUUAGCCACUUCCGAGCUAAUAUUACUGUUAAAUAGAAGGUAGAUGAGCUAACACUAGCUUUUGUAAGAGUUAAGCCUUGGGUAAGGCAUAAACAAAUCUCAAUAGGAUGUAUUUGAUACCCAAAGGUUGUCUCGUGUAAAACAGCUUAUGUUAGCAUUAGACCUCUUCUUGCUAUCACUACAGUUAGCUAAGAAUUCACACCUUCUCUAUUGUAUCGUGCAAAUAAUCCAAAGCUAGCGUUAGCUUUUAUCUCACUCCUAGCUCAUGGUAAUUGCUUGGAAGUUGCUGCAUGCUAACAUUUUCCGUUAGAUAAUGGGCUAUUAUGUUGUUUUAACUGGUACCACUCGAUGUCCCUCUAUCAAUCAGGAAAUGGUGAAAUGAAAGCAAUUAUUUAGAUUCCUUUAGUUCAUACAAUUUCAAACCCAAAGCCAAAACAUGACUGUAUCGUAUGAGCUUUUGGGCUACCCAACCUGCGCACAAUGUCAGAGGAAAAUGGCCGCCGUGAGAAUCUGGUGAAUUGCAAAGUUUUCCUGUUGAAUCUUGCACAUACGCCCAUGCAUUUGUAGUUGCACAACAUAAUAUUUCACAGCACUACUUUGCCAACCUCACAGACUGAGGCAUCGAAUGACAUGUUUGAAGUGAUGAACGUUUUUUUGCAGUGUAUUGCCAUUAAAACAGUCUUAUACCCUGCACAGCUCUG